AUGAAACAUGGAAGAUCAACGGUGGAGAUGGGAUUCAUUGAGAAGCGCCGGGUCCCACUUAAAACAUGUGGGACCCACGUUCUCCUACAUAUCUUCAGCCUUACGACACCCUCCAUUUAUCCUUUGCGCUUCUUCUUCCUCAGUGCCUCUCCUGCAAAUCUUUCUCUGGAAAUGAUUCUCUUACUUCUCUUGUUUCUCUCUCUACCUCACGCUCUCUCUCUAAACCAGGAGGGCCUUUAUCUCCUUAAAGCCAAAGAAGGACUCGACGACCCAUUCGGUGCCCUCUCCUCUUGGAAGGCCCGAGACGAGUUACCAUGUAAUUGGAAAGGAAUCGUCUGCGACUCACUCAACCGGAUCAACUCGGUCAAUCUCUCUAGCACAGGCGUCGCCGGACCCUUUCCCAGCUUCCUUUGCCGACUCCCUUUCCUCUCCUCCAUUGAUCUCUCCAACAAUUCCAUUGACUCAUCUGUUGCCGUCGAUUUCGGAGCGUGUCAGCAUAUCAAGUCCCUGAACCUAUCUGAUAACUUGCUGGUGGGCUCUAUCCCUGCUUCGCUUUCCAGAAUUUCAGAUUUGCGCGAACUCGUUCUAAGUGGAAACAAUUUUUCCGGGGAGAUUCCGGCGAGUUUCGGUGAGUUUCGGCGACUUGAGAGGCUGUGUCUUGCUGGAAAUCUUCUCGAUGGUACGAUACCUUCUUUUCUUGGUAACAUUUCGAGUCUCAAAGUUCUGGAACUCGCUUAUAAUCUAUUCAGGCCGAGUCAACUCAGCCCAGAACUCGGUAACUUGAGGAAUCUGGAAGUUCUCUGGAUCAGCAACUCGAACCUCUUUGGUGAGAUCCCGGCGAGUUUUGGCCAAUUGACUCUCUUAACAAAUUUGGACUUGUCCUCAAACCAGCUCAAUGGUUCGAUACCGAGCUCGCUCAGUGGGUUAUCCAGAAUUGUUCAGAUUGAGCUCUACAGCAACUCGUUAUCAGGCGAGUUGCCGGCGGGAAUGUCGAAUUGGACGAGGUUGCUACGACUGGACGCGUCAAUGAACAAGCUUGAAGGUCCAAUUCCGGAGGAGUUGUGCGGAUUACAACUUGAAUCACUGUCACUGUACCAAAACCGAUUCGAAGGGUUUUUACCAGAGAGUAUAGCUGGGUCGAAAAACUUAUACGAACUCAGAUUGUUCGACAAUCGACUCAGAGGAAGAUUACCAAGUGAGCUUGGAAAGAACUCCCGUUUAAACACUCUGGAUGUGUCCAGCAAUCACUUUUUCGGCGAAAUUCCGGCGAAUUUAUGCGCAAAUGGAGCUUUAGAAGAACUUCUUAUGAUUAAAAAUUCUUUUUCAGGGAAUAUUCCAGCGAGUCUCGAGAAAUGCCAGACCCUGAGACGUGUUCGGUUGAGCUACAACCAGCUCUCCGGCGAGGUUCCGCCGGAAAUAUGGGGUUUACCCCAUGUCUAUCUGCUUGAUCUAAGUGUUAAUUCACUGUCUGGGCAUAUCUCUAACUCGAUCUCCGGUGCUCACAACCUUUCUAGUCUGUCAAUUUCAAGUAACCAGUUCUCUGGAUCGCUUCCCAGUGAAAUCGGAUCGUUGAGGAACCUUGGUGAAUUUUCGGCCAGCCAAAACAAGAUAACAGGCAAGAUUCCGCAGACUUUUGUUCAUUUGAGCAAGUUGUCUAGUCUCAUCCUUAGUAAUAAUGAGCUUUCUGGCGAGGUUCCAGCUGGAAUCGAGUCCUUGAAGCAGCUCAAUGAGCUUAGGUUGGCUAACAAUAAGUUAUCUGGGAACAUCCCUGAUGGAAUUGGGAGUUUGCCAGUGCUUAAUUAUCUUGAUCUUUCCGCCAACUCGCUUUCUGGGGAAAUUCCAUUCUCCUUGCAGAAUUUGAAGCUCAAUUUGCUGAAUCUAUCCUACAAUCGACUCUCUGGUGACAUUCCUCCCCUUUAUGCUAAAAAAUAUUUUCGAGAUAGUUUUGUGGGCAAUCCAGGUUUAUGUGGUGAGAUAGAUGGGCUUUGUCCUGGGAAUGGUGGAACCGUAAACCUAGAAUAUUCAUGGAUACUUCCAUCCAUUUUUACUCUUGCUGGCAUAGUUCUUAUUGUUGGGGUUGUUUUGUUCUGCUGGAAGUACAAGAAUUUCAAGAAAAAUAAGAAAGGAAUGGUGAUAUCCAAGUGGAGAUCCUUUCACAAAUUGGGUUUCAGUGAGGUUGAUAUCGUGGAUUGCCUUAAUGAAGAUAAUGUGAUCGGCAGUGGAUCGGCAGGGAAGGUAUAUAAAGUUGUAUUCGCCAAUGGUGAAGCAGUUGCAGUGAAGAAACUAUGGGGAGGGUCAAAGAAAGAUACUGAUUCUGAGAAAGAUGGAUUGGAGAACGACAGGGUGGACAAAGAUGGGUUUGAGAUUGAAGUUGAAACCUUGGGAAAGAUUCGACACAAGAAUAUCGUUAGGUUAUGGUGUUGUUGCAAUACUGGGUAUUGCAAACUUUUGGUUUACGAAUAUAUGCCAAAUGGGAGUUUGGGUGAUAUGCUGCAUAGUAGCAAGGGGGGCUUACUGGACUGGCCAACCAGGUACAAGAUAGCCUUGGAUGCUGCCGAGGGGCUGUCUUAUUUGCAUCAUGACUGCGUUCCUCCCAUUGUUCAUAGGGAUGUGAAAUCAAACAACAUAUUGCUGGAUGGAGAGUUUGGUGCUAGAGUGGCUGAUUUUGGAGUUGCUAAAGUUUUCCAGGGGGUCGGAAAGGGGGAAGAGUCCAUGUCUGUGAUAGUUGGUUCUCGUGGUUACAUCGCACCAGAAUAUGCCUACACUCUUCGAGUGAAUGAAAAGAGCGACAUUUACAGCUUUGGGGUGGUCAUUCUAGAGCUGGUGACAGGUCGACUUCCAGUGGACCCAGAGUUUGGGGAGAAGGAUUUGGUGAAAUGGGUGUCUGCCUCCUUGGAUCAGAAAGGAGGAGAGCAUGUCAUCGAUCCCAGACUCGAUUGCAGCUUCAAUGAAGAAAUUGUCAGGGUCCUAAAUGUAGGUCUCCUCUGUACCAACGCACUUCCCAUUAACCGCCCUCCAAUGCGAAGAGUGGUAAAGAUGCUGCAGGAGGCGGGUGCCAGGAACAAGCCCAAGACUACUGCAAAGAAGGAUGGGAAGCUUUCUCCUUAUUACCAUGAAGAUGCCUCUAACCACGUGUAGUUAUGGAGCCUGGAGGAGCUUAGUUCCAUAGCUUAGGGAAGAGAUUUUGGUUUUUCCUCUUUAGCAAUUCCCACUUUAAGAAGUAUGUAUAGCUAAACUUAGACCUCAGCUUCAAGCAGCAAAGAAUUGUAACAUUAACAGGUCUCUAGUUCGUGAAAAACACUAGACAUAUCCAGAAGAAAAACGAAAAUAAAAAAACCCUCUGUUGUACUAAACUUCUGAAAUUUGAAUCCAGUUUCCCAUUUCAAAA